GAAUGCAUGGAUUCGAAAUCAUAACAAAGAAGUAGCUUGCUCAAUAUAAACAACUCAACAUCAUUUCUCACCAGGGUUAGCGAAGAAGUGGCUACGGAUGUGGAUUAAAAAUGAUAUGUAACUGUAAAUAUGAUGCAUCUAGCCCGUGAAUAGCAUAGCAUUUCAAAGAAGUGGGCUAGUUACAGACACCGAGGCUGGCAAAUGUAGCUAGUUCGUUAGCCAGACUAACCUAGAAUAACUCAGUAACGUUCCUAACAAAUCAGUGAGCUAACUUUGGAUAGUAUUGGGCUAAUGCAUGCACGUAUUUGUGUACUAUCAGGGGUUGUUGGAUGGAUGUUGUUAAUGGAUAUCCAUAGUUUUCCAGCUGCGAUGGAAGUCUCACGUUUCAGUCGCUUUUCGAUAGUUAGAAACUGCUGACAGUUACCACAGGUGGGAUGCUGGAACACGAUACACACCUGUAUCUGCGGAACUUUCAUUCCCUAACAGACCAAAUGUGGCUGUGAAAUGCAUUGGGAUUCUGAUCCUGAUUCUGAAACAUUAGAAAUUCUGUUAGAACGUGCAAUGAUUGAAACUACUCUGGAGGAAAGUUUCGUAAACACCUUUUCAGUCACCUCAUAAAAAUAUCAUCAUGAGUAAUAAAAGGAAAAGAGCACCACCAGUCAAGGUGGAUGACGAUGCAAAGAAGAAACUGAACUGGAAUAUGCAUGAGGACCGGAGGAACGAGGUAGAGUCUGAGUUGUCGACACAGGGUUCCGAUGUCAUUGCAGAAUGUUUACCCCUCCCCAUUGAGGAACCUAGUUGUUCGAAAUCUUUUUGCGUUAUUGUUGAAGAGCCAGACAAGUCAGAGGUACCCCUCUCUGAGGACGCCCUCAUCGGUUCCAGUUGUUUUCCCUCUAUAAGUGAAGAAGUUCCUGGCCCUAGCAUCACACCUCGAAUCAGGCCUGGUUCGGAGUCGGGUAGCGCAACCAAGAGUGUCACAAAUUAUUCUGUUGUCCUACCCCUAAUUAACUGCAAGUUGGAUGAGGCCUGGUAUGUACUGAUCGGAGAAUUUAAUCUCCGUGCCCAGUCCCCAUUAGUAGUGGAGGAUAGUCAAAAGUGGACACUUCAGAGGACUGGUGGCAGGCUGUGCUUGUGUGCGUCUGGUGCUCAGGAGGAUGAGUCCUUUGAUGUGGAGGUACAGAGCCCGGAGUUCGUGUGCCCAGUGGAAGGAUCUUUGGGCAGGUUAGAGUUGGAGGAGUUGGACUGGCUUCAGAAGAGGAGAAUCGUCCAGCUCGGUGUCAAGCCUGAUGAGGAAUAUAUUAAGCUGCCAGUCUAUUUGCUGGAGGCUGGAUUAAGCCAUCCUGAGCUCCUCAGUGAAGGCAGUGGCCGCAUGAAGAAGGCAAACCAGCUGAUCCAGAAACUCAUGGAGCACUUUUAUGACUUCAUCAUUCCAGAGGUGAUGGAGGAUGAGCAGGAUGACGACGACGUAGACCUCGAGCGGCAGAACGUGGAGGAGCUGUACGACAGCGUGCGCCAUCAGCACCAGCGUGGGGUGGAGGGCGAGGGCUUGGACGUGCAGCACGAGGCCCUGGUGCCUGUGCUGAGACCCUACCAGAGUCAGGCGGUCAACUGGAUGCUCAAAAGGGAGAAGUACAACAGCGGUGCCUCUGAAGCAGAUAAACCAUCAUUACAUUUCCUUUGGCGUGAGAUUGUGACUCUGUGUGGAAAGAAACUGCACUACAACAUCUACUCAGGCUGUUUGAUCCUGGAGUUUCCUCAGGCUGGGACAGACUGGCCAGGGGGUAUCCUGGCGGACGAGAUGGGUCUGGGGAAGACUGUGGAAGUGCUGGCUCUCAUUUUGUUCCAUGCAAGGCAGGGCCUGGAGAACAGCGCCCCCUGUCUGCCUGAGGGAGUGAAAGUAAACUACUUUGUGCCUCCACCACCGCCGGAGAAGGAAAAUGGCACACCACGCAAGCGUGAGCCCCAACCCAAGGAGAGAAUCUCUUACCCUGCUGUUCGUGUGAUGAUUCUCACUGCCAUCAAAGAGAUGAAGGUGGGUAAAGGAGCCUCUAUCAAUGCCAUCUUUGGCUAUCUUCGCACGAUGUUCAGGUACGACCCCAUAAAGAACCGCAGUCACAUCAAGAAGAGCCUCGCCAAACUCAUCAGCGAGGAGCUCGUGGAGCAGGUCAAAGGUCGAGGCCUGGCAGGGUCCUUCAAGUUUGGGAAGAAGUACAAGGACACACAGAAGAAGACACCGGUCAAGCAAAAGCCUCAGAGCUCCGAUGGGGAUGUCGCUCCUCGGAGAACAUCACGCAGACGUUCUACUCACGUCUACUCAGAUGCUGUGGUGACCUCUGACCUCCCCGGAGAUCUGGACACAGACACAGCGCCAGAUGCUCAGGAAACCAAAAAGGAGAAAGACCCCAGUGUCCCCCCACCAGAGAGCACUGAAGACCAGCUCCCUGAGGAGGAGGAGGAGAAGGAGGAGAAGAAGGAGGAGGAUGAGGAGCAGGUGGAGAAACCUGAAGAGAGUUGUCCACCCCCCCAUGAAGAAUUGAAGGACCUCCCACCCCCUGCCUCUGUUCCUGAGCCAGACUACCACUUUGAGUGCAUCUGCGGGGAGACAGGUCUGCUGGACUACAAGGCUCGUGUCCAGUGCCUGCACUGUCUGCUGUGGCAGCACGCGGACUGCGUCAACUACAAGCAGGAGAGCCAGGACACCACGCCGUUCUACUGCCCGCACUGCCUGGUGGCCAUGCCGCCCGUGCACACCGGCGCCACCCUCAUCAUCUCGCCCAGCUCCAUCUGCCACCAGUGGGUGGAGGAGAUCAGCCGCCACAUCCGCUCCUCCUCGCUACGAGUGCUGGUGUACCAAGGUGUAAAACGGCACGGCUUCAUCCAGCCGCAUGUGCUGGCCGAGCAGGAAGUGGUCAUCACCACGUACGACGUGCUGCGCUCCGAGCUCAACUACGUGGACCUGCCCCACAGCAACAGCGAGGACGGCCGCCGCUUCCGCACGCACAAGCGCUACAUGGCCGUGCCCAGCCCCCUGGUGGCCGUGGAGUGGUGGCGCGUCUGCCUGGACGAGGCUCAGAUGGUGGAGUGCACCACCGCUAAGGCUGCUGAGAUGGCUCUGCGUCUGUCCUCUAUCAACCGCUGGUGCGUGAGUGGGACACCUGUGCAGAGGGGAUUAGAAGAUCUGUACGGUCUGGUGCUGUUUCUGGGUGUUGACCCGUACUGGGUGAAGCACUGGUGGGACCAGCUGCUGUAUCGCCCCUAUCGCCGCGGCAACACCGAGCCCCUCUACAACCUCAUGGGCCGCUUGCUGUGGCGCUCCGCUAAGAAGGACGUCAUCGACCAGAUCCAGAUCCCCCCUCAGACGGAGGAGAUCCACUGGCUGCGCUUCUCGCCGGUGGAGAGCCACUUCUACCAGCGCCAGCACGAGGUCUGCUCCCAGGACGCCCUGCACAAGCUGCGCAAGAUCUCCGACUGGUCGCUGCGCCUCAGCAGCCUGGACCGCCGCACGGUCAGCACCAUCCUGUGCCCGCUGCUGCGUCUGCGCCAGGCCUGCUGCCACCCGCAGGCCGUCCGCGGAGAGUUCCUGCCUUUCCAGAAGAGCACCAUGACCAUGGAGGAGCUGCUCAAGUCCCUGCAGAAAAAGUGUCGUGUGGAGUGUGAGGAGGCCCACAGGCAGCUGGUGUGUGCCCUCAAUGGCCUGGCUGGUAUUCACAUCAUCAGAGAUGAGUUUGUGGAGGCGGUAGAAAUGUACAGAGAGGUGCUACGGUCAUCAGAGGAACAUAAAGGCCGACUGAAAACAGACUCCUUACAGAGACUUCAUGCCACACACAACCUGAUGGAGCUGCUCAGUGCAAAGCAUGAUGGGAUACCUCCAACCCUUCGGGAUGACCGACUAAAAGAAGAGGCAGAACAGCUGAGGCAGCACUACAUGACCAAAUCGAACUCCGAGGUGUCAGAAGCUCAGCAGAACCUGCAGCCCGUGGUCCAGAACAUCAAAGAACUCAAACGCAAAGUUAACCUGCGUUCCCCCUGGUGGAUGGAGGUUAUAGCGCAGGCCAUUGAGUACUCCAUAGAUGACGACUUGGUGGGACGCAUCCAGAAUGAGCUCACCUGCAGCUACAAGCAGGAGGCCAACAAGCUGUCCAUGGCAGACAAGUUCCGAGACGGCCGCGGCCUGCAGUUUCUGCUCACCACCCAGAUGGACGACCUGCUCAAGUCUCAGAAGGUGGUGCAGGACGCGGUCAAGAAGCUGGAAGGCGCGCCCUCACAGGCCAUCAUCGAGGAGGCCACCAUGUGUCAUCUCAGGCCCGUCCGCCUGCCACUCAACAACUGUGUUUUCUGCAAGGCUGAUGAGCUCUUCACUGACUACGAGUCGAAGUUGUUCUCUCACACGGUCAAAGGUCAGACGGCCAUCUUUGAGGAGAUGAUCGAGGACGAGGAGGGCCUGGUGGACGACCGCCUGCCCACCACCAGCCGCGGCCUGUGGGCGGCCAGCGAGACGGAGAGAGCCCUCAAGGCCAUCCUGGCGUUCGCCCGCGCCCGCCGUCUAGACGCCCAGCUGCUGGAGGAGGCCAGCACCUUCAUGGAGCUCUUCGAGUCCUGGAAGAAGGAGUACAAGGUGCUGCACGAGUACUGGAUGACCCUGCGGGACCACGUGUCGGCCAUUGAUGAGCUGGGCAUGGCCACCGAGAGGCUGCGCGUGCGGCUGCCCGACGAGCCCAAACAGAAGGUCCUGCACAUCAUAGAACCACACGAGGUGGAUCAGAACCGAGUGAAGCUGCUGAACGACCGGGCCGUGGCCAGAUCCCAGCUGCAGAAGAAGCUCGGCCAGCUCCUCUACCUCACCAACCUCGAGAAGUCUCAGGAUAAAGCAACAGGAGGGCUCAACCCAGAGCCAUGUCCCAUCUGUGCCCGCUCCCUUGGACAGGAGUGGGCCGUGCUGACCUGCGGCCACUGCUUCUGUAACGAGUGCAUCGCCAUCAUCAUGGAGCAGUACAGCGUGGGCUCGCGCCGCCGGGCCAUCAAGUGUGCCAUCUGCAGACAGACCACCUCCCACACCGACAUCUCCUACGUGUUCACCACCCAGAACAACGGCACCGGGGAGGACAUCCCCGUCAAGGGCAGUCACUCCACCAAGGUGGAAGCUGUGGUCAGAGUCCUGAAGAAGAUUCAGAUGACGGACCCGGGCGCCAAGUCCUUGGUGUUCUCCACGUGGCAGGGGGUGCUGGACAUCAUCGCCAAAGCGCUUUUUGACAACAACAUGGAGUUCUCCCAGAUCAAUGGCAUCCACAAUUUUCAGAAAAACCUGUGUUCGUUCAAGUACGAGGAGAAGGUCAACAUCCUGCUGCUACCACUCCACACCGGCUCCAACGGGCUCAACAUCAUCGAGGCCACUCAUGUGGUAUUGGUGGAGCCCAUACUAAAUCCCGCCCAUCAGCUGCAGGCUAUUGGCCGCGUGCACCGCAUUGGCCAGACAAAACCCACCUUUGUGCACAGGUUCCUCAUCAGGUCAACCAUAGAGGAGAAGAUGCAGGCCAUGCUGAAGACUGUUGAGAAAAGCCACACCGCCGCCGCCACCAUGAAGCACUCGGAAGCGUCCGUCUUCACCGUGGCUGACCUGGCGGAGCUCUUCACGGAGGAUACAGAGGACCGCGAGAGCCUGGAGGACUGAAGGAAAGACAAAAGAGAGAGAGAGAGAGAGAGGGAGAGGAAGAGGAAGAGGGAGAGGCAGGGUGCAAUGGAUGAAAGAUGGAUGAAAGAAAAAAAAUUGUGAAUGAUGAUCAAAGUGCCAAGGAAGUGUCUUUGUAGUGCCAGGGCAUGAAAAGGGCAUUUUAUGAGAGGAGUCUCUCCUGACGCUCUGGCUAUGUAAAACUCACCUGUCCUCCUCUGAGACAUUUUGCUAUUUAUUCCAGAUCAGUUUCAUCAUUCAUAUUCCACAUGCUCCCUCAUUCACUGGUGUGUUGAGUGUAGAGGGAUCUCAUUCAGUAGAUCUCUAUCGGUGCUGUAUUUCAGAGCAAUUUUGUCUGUUCAUGCGCUUAUUUUCAGCUGGGCUUGGUUGUAUAUAAGACUUCCCUCGGUCACCUCAGGUCACCUUUCCCCGAUGUCCUGAAAUCUCAGACUCUCACACACAAAAGGAGGAUCAAGGCUUUUGGAAAGAAAACGGGUUGUAGUCAUUUUGGAGAACACGGACCAAGUAAGCUGCCCUUAACUAAUGAAACAUAGACCAAAUCAGAUUAUCAGACCUGCUUGUGAUCACUUCUCCUCCAAGACUGGGGCACAGAGGGAGAUGAGCUGAUGAGCCUGGGUUCACUCUCUUGCUUCAUCACUCCAAAGACUUACAGGAAAAAAAACAAGAGCCUCAGAUAAUCUUUUUAGAAAGAUUAUGUAAAUGACCGAAAAGUGAUAAUAAAAAUGAGGAAAAGAAACAAACAACUCCAUACAGGGCUGUACAUUAACUUUUUUUUGCGACUGGUGCUACAGAGGUUGAUAGAUUUGUAGCACAAACUGAAAAAUCUCUAGCAUUGGUAUGUAGUUGCAAACAUCUACGCUCUAGAAAACAAUUUGCCACCGGCGCUAAGCUGGUAAAUCUUCCAUAGCACAGGCUGAUUUUCUUGUGGAAGCCCUGGCAAACAAAGGUCUUGAUAGGCAGUGUCUAUCCUCUUUAUCUUCAGAGGACAGAUAUCGGCUCCCGUUGAGAGAGUGACAUCAGUAAACAGAGAGGUAUGUUGGAGUCUCAUGGUGUGUGUGUCUGUGUGUGUCUCUGUGUGUGUGUGUGUGUGUUCUCUGCAAAGCCCGGGCCUGUUACUGCUGCAUUGUAAACUGCAUUGAGGAAGGAAGUGGUGUGUGUUAACAGAGCGAGCUAGACGAGGCUUUGAAGAGUCUUCUCUCCCGCUUUGGUCUGUAGCAUCGCUCAGCGGCUGUCUAGAGGGCCGGCCGCUCAAACGGGAGCCAGACCUGUGUUUUAGCAGUUCUGAUUUGCAAGACAAAAACAAACAACAGAAAAAAAACACCCCAGAAAAAGGGGCCGCAUGAUUCACUGUGAGCAAAGAAACGGCUCCCGUAAAAGAGGUCUCGUUAAAAGCGGGAAAGGGGGAAUGGAGACAUGUUUUCCACCAGGAGAUGUUGUCAGGGGAUGAAUACAGAGGAACAGGCAAGGGCUUCAUGCAGCUAUAUCUCUAUGACUGUCAUUUCAGAAACAACAAUAACAAGAACUACAACAAUAACACAAAUACCAGCAAUACCACACUGGAAUCUCAGCUAUCUCUUUAUCACCAUUUUCCAACACUUUGUAGAUGUUUUACAUCAUGACCUUGUGAUACAGGAGUACAGAUCACAUAAUGUAUAACCUAGACAUGUCUUAGAUUGUAAUGAUAAUAUUUGGAAAUGCUAUUUAAUUAUGGUGUUUGAUAUACAGUAAUCAUGACCAAAUGAACAGACUUGCCUCUCUACUUGCCUGAAAUUCAUUCUGUUGAACCUGGUGUACAGGCAGUGCAACUAGUUGAAUGAUCGACCAAGCUUGAGAUGGAAAGCACCUUCCACUUGUAUGACUUCUAUUCCGUGCUAGAUGAUGUUACAGUUAAGUGUCACCCAGAUGCUCCAUGCUUUACACAUUACACUGAACAUGUACUGUGAAGGUGGAUUUUACUUUUAUUUUAUUUUCAAUGAAUGCGUAACUUUGUAAUUUACCAAUAAAUUUGGGGUAAAUUGGAAUUGUAA